UAAAGUUCGGAUUUUGAGAUUCGACAUGUCACACUUGUGGGUCUCAAUUGAAAGUUUUAACAGAUAUUCACAAGGAACACUUCUUCUGUGAUUAAGAGUGACAACAGAAUAUAAGAAUAAUGUGAUCAGUAGCAUAAACUGAUGGAGAAUCCCUCCAAUACAUCAACCGCUUGUUAGCAAUUCAUUGAUUUCUGUGCAAAGAUGAUGGUGCCAUUCCUCCCUCUUCUGGUCAUCGCCAUGACGACUCUUCCUCCCUCUAUCAAUGGAAUAGUGCCACCCAAGACUCCAGUGUUAAGUGGGUUUGAACCUGCUGCCCUUAAUUCAUAUCGGGAACUGGUCUGUGAUGCUUUUCAACCUGGUGCUGGCACUAUAACAUACAAAUGGUACAAGUAUUCCAUUAAAAAUGGCGUGGAGAACUGGGAAUCUAGAGGACCAAUUGGUAAAAGCCAGAAGUAUGUCUUCAACCAAGUGACAGAGAAAAAAGUGUUCCACCCAGGUAAUCCUGCAGAGCCAGUCAGUGGGAAGUACUUAUGCCGAGCAUCAAAUUCUGCAGGAACAAGAGACAGUGAAUGGGGAGAUCUGUUGGUCUACACGCCAUGUUCUCUGUAUACUGUGAGUGUUUCUCCACUAAAACCUGCCAUUGGAUCUACGUUCACUCUCAACUGUUACAUACUAAAUCCAAGUGGGUUGACUGUGAGGUGGGUAAAGAAGGAUGAUGCUUUAUCUGCAGCCUUAGAUGUAGCAGUGGCAAACAAAAAUUUUUGUCUUGCUCCAAGUAACAUACGCUACAGUUGGAGCAGCUGCAGUCCUCCAAGCUUCUCCUCUCCGACAAAGACCUUCAACCUCCAGGUCACCAAUGCUCAGCCUUCAGAUUCUGGAUACUGGAUUUGUCAGGAUAUCGGCCUCAGCUGUAGCAGUAGUAAUCCAGUCAAAACAGUUGUACAAGCACACCCAGGCAUACCUCAGAUCACUGGUUUCCCCUCUGUACCAGUUGUUGUAGGAACUCAGCUGAAUCUAAAGUGUGUUGCCCUACCACCAGGUGACACCUACGACUGGUACAAAGAUGAUACCAAAGUUACAACAUCCUUAAGCUACGACUUCCAAGUUAAAAGGGAAAGUGCUGGGGUCUACAAAUGUAUCGCAAGGAAUGAUGUAGGGUCUGCAAGUAGCACCGACAAGACGCUAGUGGUAUAUUAUAAGGCUGAUUCUGUUGUUGUCUCACCUGGGAAGAACUCAUCAUAUGUUGGUGAGGAAGACAAUUUCACAUGCACAGUGUCUGGAGGCAACCCAACCCCCUUCAUGAAGCUCUACUUCAAGAGGUCAGGUGGUACACCAGUGGAGGUCACCCAAGGCCAGGACAGGGUCAUGGCCAAAGAAGACAACCAGGCUGAGUACUACUGUGAGGCGAAAGUCACUGGAUAUCCUGCCUUGGAUAUGACUUUAAGUAGGAGGACGUAUAAUGUAACCUUUGCAAACACCAAGGUUUCCUUUCUGAACAACCCGACUGCUGCUGUCCAAGUGGGUCAAGAGAAGAAGUUUACAUGUGAGACAGAUGAGAGCAACCCUGUCACUUACAUCAAAUGGUAUCAGCAUAUCACAGCUUCAUUAUGGCAAGAUAUCACAUCUAGGAUCUCCUCAUCAGAAAGGAAUGGGGUGUAUGGUGGAAAGAUCAGGAUUAGUGAGUGGUCUGUGACAGCAACCAAGGCUACGAAUGGUGUAACAGUGAGGUGUAAAUCAACUUACUCUCUGACUGGACAUGAUUUCACCACUAAUAAAGACACUCCUAUGUAUGUGAAAUUCAACCCUUCUAAGAUGACGUUGACACAGAAGCCACUAACAUCAAUAAUUGAGGGAAAAUCAUUCAAUAUUGUGUGCGAGACAGACAGUGCCAAUCCGGUUGCUAACAUCCAAUUCUACAGGAAGAGAACAGGAGGAAACUGGGAGCAACUGACAUCAGGGAUAACAUCUGACGACAAGGCUGGGGAGUACAAUGGCAAGAUAAGGAAGAGCACACUGACUGUGACUCUUAAUAGGUUGGACACCCAGGCUGUCUUCAAGUGUGAAGUGAAGGAAGGCUCAUUUCAAAUGGAACAAACGACUACAGUUAAUGUCUAUUUUCCACCAAGUGUCACGAUACUUGCAUCCAUCAACCCAGUCAAAGAAGGUAAUAACCUGACCUUGACCUGUAAAGCCAAAGGCGGCAACCCAACCUCCUACACCUACAAGUGGUUCUACAAGGACAAGGAAAUACAUAAUGAAACCUCAAUGGAUUACAAGAUCACCAAUAUCACAUACACCCAGUCUGGGACAUACAAAUGCCAAGUUAUCAACUACUCGCCUGAUGUUAAAGUUAAUGGUAGCUUGAACAUUGAUGUUUUGUAUAAGGCGAAGUGGAACCCUGAACUUCCUGAAGUGUUUACUGUAGCGAGUAAACCCGACACACCAAUGGCAUUCGUUCUCCAUGUGAUUGCGAAUCCUCCACUUUCUCAUGUCACCUGGUUCUUCCCAAACAUGACAACAAUCAAAGUCCCUUUCGUGGUGGCCGAAGUGAAUGACACAACAUACACUUUGAACAAGACGUCUGUAGCGGUUGAAGACUAUGGAAACUACACAGUCAAUGUGACAAAUGCUGUUGGAUUUUCAACAUUUCAGUUUGUACUUCAAACAGCAGGACCCCCUCAUACGCCAUGCUGUCUUGUAAUGGAGAAUAAGACUGCCGUGUCCGUGACCUUGAUCUUCACGAGUAAUUUCUCUGGUGGAUCACCCCAGACAUUCACAAUCGAGAAAAAAACAUCUAGAGGAAAUGCAUGGGACACAGCUGUCAUGGGUAUUGCUGAUCCUGGUACAGGGAAAAAUGUCACCCAGAAUAUAUCGGGUUUAGGAAGUAAUACGACAUACGACUUCCGUGUGAAGGCAAUGAAUGAUGAUGGUAACAGUUCUUAUGGUAACAUCCUUCACGCCAAAACUGAAGCGGUGCCGAAUGUCACGUUAAAGGUCGAACGUACGAACAACCAGGUGACCGUUUCAUGGCCGAAACUUUCCAAAGAGUACACGAAGAUCAAAAUCAAGUUUUGCCCAAUAGAAGGAGGAAGUUGUGACUAUCAUGAUGUCGCUGACCCAACAAGCCUCAAUAGUAGCUUCACGGUCAAUGAGGGCAACACUUACACAUAUUCUAUGAUAAUAUUUGAUGGAGAGGAUCUUGUGUUUGUUUCUUUACCAGUGAAGGUGCCAACAUCGCUCCCUAUUGGGGCAAUAGCUGGAGGUGUUGGAGGCUUCAUCUUUUUCCUGAUUAUCAUCGCCAUUGUGUUGGCUGUGGUGUUCAUCCUUAAGAAGAGACGAGCAAAGAAAGAGACUGGAUUACUAAUGUCGUCAAAGAACAAUGAUGCAGAUGAAGGUCAAGUCAAUCCUGCAUUCACUCGUCAUGACAUGACUGUGGAAAUGACAUCGCCCUCUACCAGUAUUCAGCUUGAGGAAACAGGACGAGCAGAGUUCGCAGUUGUUGAGAAGGGUGGCAAGAAACCUACCAAUGGUGAUGCGUAUACACAAGUGGACUUCAAGAAGAAGAAAGAUGGCAAAAAGGGAAGUGCUCUGCCUCAAGCACGUGGACAGGCCUAUGCUGAUGUUGAUUUCACGAAAAAGAAGAAGAAGAGUGAGGCUCUAACACCUGCACCUGCUGGCCCAGGUGAUGUCUAUGCGGAAGUGAGCAAGUGCAAGAAGCCUUCAGAACCACCCAAACCUGGCAAAUCAGAAUCAGAUGACCAGGUAGUUAAUACCAUUGAUGACAUCGAUGAGGAGGAUGUGUAUGAAAAUGUUCGCCAGGAGGAGCCGAGAGAGACGGGGUAUAGACAGCCUAAACGGGCAUACCAAGUCGGAGUUGAUGGAACGGUUUACUCCCAGGUCAAAAUCAUGCCACCCAAAAACCCGGAUCACAUAAGAGGAAAGGAAACAAUCUCGGAGCCCUACGCCAGCGUGGAUUUCUCCCGCCAAGCCCCGCCGCUGUCAAAGACAAAGGAUGCAGGUGACAUUCAGUUGAUCUAAGCUGCGAUGAACUUUUCAAUAUGUGACCUCAGCUCUAAUGAAUUUGUUUGUAAAAUUUUGUUGCUCCCACCUGACAUACUAGUACUUUUUGAGACUAAAUAAUAUUAUCUAUAUCAUGAAUGUGGAAGGCCUACAUUGUAUACCAUAUUACUGUGAUGCUGCCUUUGCAUGCAUUCUUCACUACGCAAUUCCAUCCUUUUAUGCUCUUAAGUUUUAAUGCUCUUCAUAUAUGCAUAAAUAACUUUAAUGUAGAAAAUAACUUUUUGCACCAGCAAAUUUUGGUAAUUGCCAGAGGAUGGACACAUUUACGAAAGGUUUUUUUUGUGAUAUUUAUUGAAAAUUACUGAUGCCGGUGUAUAUACCGUACAUGUAUUUUGUUGCAUAAUAGAUUCAUCAGUACGGUAUGACCUGCUUGUGAAAGUUCAAAUUUUUUCCUGUUUUACAGUAUAUAGACUGUACAUUUCGUACAUAUUCAUUUUUUAUUCAAGAAGUACAUUACAAUGUAUGUAAUAUUUAUUCUUGAAGUAGGCCUACCCAAAAUGGGGUGAACAUAGGUAAAGGACACAAUGGUGGCCUCAGAUGUGCAGAUUUACAAGUCUGUACGAAAUAUAAUCCAUAUUUAUUGAGGGUGCAAUGGUGUUGGGGUUAGAAUAUGUGCCAGACUCCACAUUGAGAGAGCGUGGGUAGUAAGACCUUCAAAUUUCCUUUAUUUCUGACAAGUUCUAAGGUUGAGUGAUACAGUUAAAGUGAUCCUAUCCCACCAUUCUGGUUGUGACUUUGUCCUUUAAGCACAACGUUGGGAGAAAAAAAUUAGUGUAAGUUCUUAUAUAGCAUAUUCUCCAUUCACCCGUGAGGAUAGUCACAACCUGGAGACAGUCUUAACCAUCUCACUCAACUUUGAGGGGGCAUGUACAGCAUUCCCAAAGCAAUUUAAAUUUAUUGCCUGGUCCAUCCUGAAACUUCUCGGUAGAACUCAGUUGUGAGCUGCUCAAUCUGUGCUACAACCUGAGCAUUUCUGACCAGUACCCAGCUAUACACCUUGGUGGAGUAAGGCUUGUAAGGCUUUUUAACCUUUAACUAUUUCAGACUACUGAGAAUAUGUCUUGUAAUUUCUGGUGUUUUUGUUAAAAACUGUCAUGUCCUUAUAUGCAGAGAAAAACCAUGACAACAAUACUUGUAUUUGUUUGUGUUUUCAAUUGAAAUUACCUCUAACUGUGUGUCCUUGUUACAGAGAUUGUCAUUAGAAAUCCAUCUUGCUAUCUACAGUGAUUAUGUAUUUGUAAUAGGUGUAUAUAUAACAGUUUUAGGUUAGGUUCACCAUUUACAAUAAGUUGUUCAUACUUAAAUUGUAUUAUUAAGGCAUAUAUUUUAUUCGAGAAUGGUGCUAUUUGUACUUGUAGGUUGCAUUAUUUUGAGAUUUGUAUUUUUGAUAAGAAAUUUUUUUGUGAUAUGCUUGUACAAUAGAUUGAGAUUAGUUAAAAAGUAGUUUGUUCGAGUUAUUUUGGUUAUUAUUGGUGUUGUUUUCCUGUGCUGAUGAUAAUGAUGAUAGUUUCUGCUUUUGGCAGGGCCUGAGCCACACAGUCUCUUAAGCAUAUACUGGUAGUGCUUUUACCAUUUGGAAAAAUGUCUCCCAAUUUCACCAUGGUAAAUCCACAAUUCGCCAUGGUUAAUUGACAGCACUUCACCACGGUGAAUUGAGACGGUGAAAUAUUUUGCCAUGGUGAGCACGGUAAAGUCCAAUUUUACCAUGGUGAAUCUGAGAUCUUUUACGGAAGGGUACUGGCCGACGGUCUUCUCGAGCACAACACCGGUCACUUAAGAAACCUAAGACCCAACUGGUCAUUAACAUGGCCGAUUUAGUCCACAGUACACUUUGACUUUCACGGGCUAAUUAGAUUUUGACGAAUUUACAGGUCUAGCACGGGAGUGCAGUGGGAGUGGUGAAUGUAUGUAAUACAAACUUAUAUCGACCAAUGAUAUUGGAAAAAAACCGAAUAAAUCA